AUGGGCAUCGUCCAGCUUCUGCUCGAAAAAGGGGCCGACCCGAAUGGUGCUGAUGACGAUGGUGAUACCUCACUGAUUUCAUGUUCUGUGUUCCAGCAGGUCGAGGUCACGCAGUUGCUCCUCAAAUACGGUGCCCAGGUUGACGUAGCAAACAACGACGGAAAGAAGGCUAUCCAUGCGGCUGCCACGGAGUGCGAUCCGAGAAUGAUACGACUCCUCCUGGCUCAUGGUGCGAACCCGGCUCAAAAGGAAAUCGAUGGGUGGAAAGCCCUACACAUGGCUGCACAGAUGGACAAAAAGGGGACGCUGGAGGUCGUAAAGGUGCUUGUGGACACACGAAGAAUAGAAAUAAUUGACCAAGAGGAGAAAGGGACAACGGCACUAUACCUAGCUGUCCAAGCGGGACGUCCUGAUGUGGCCCAAGUUCUCCUGGAAGCCGGGGCGGACCCCAAUAUUACAACCAAACCCGAUUUUUGGCCCCUACGGAGAGCCGUCCUAACUUCCAACAUGGAACUUGUGAAUCUUCUCCUCAGUCAUGGCGCAGACGUCAAUUUGUCGGAUAGCAAGGGCAGAAACAUCGUUCACUUCGCUUGCGCACAAUCUGAUGCCAACAUCCUCAAGAGGGUCGUGGAGGCCAGUCCCGAUGCUCUUCCGCAGCAGCGUGAUGACAAUGGAGGAACGCCCCUGCACGUCGCCGUGCAGAACGACAAUGAAAAGAUUGCCCUAGCUCUGAUGGAACUUGGUGAUGCUAGUAAAAUGCAGCGGGCGGAGUAA